CAUUUCUCCCAUGACAUCACAUAGUACAAGCUCCUCCUUUGCCAUGUCAGCAUCUACACACUGAUAUAAUCAUUGAAGAAACAUGGAGAAAGAUGAUAAAAGAGUGGAAAAAGAGACAAGAGUUCCACUUGUAUCAGAGUCGAAUUCGAAUUCUCAGAGAGAUGGGAAUGGAGUUGAGGAUCAGACCAUGGUAUAUUUUUCGACAUUUGUGGCAGUUUGUGGUUCUUAUGCAUUUGGAUCCUGUGCAGGCUAUUCUUCACCUAUUCAAUCUGCAAUCACUAAAGAUAUAAAUCUUUCGAUAGCUGAGUACUCAUUGUUCGGAUCUAUAUUGACAUUUGGGGCAAUGAUUGGUGCAAUCACGAGUGGAAGAAUUGCUGAUUUUAUUGGUCGGAAAGGGGCGCUGAGAGUGGCGAGUGGCUUCUGUGUUGCAGGGUGGCUUGCAAUAUACUUUGCUCAGGGGACUGUUCCUCUGGAUAUUGGAAGAUUAGCAACAGGUUACGGAAUGGGAGUCUUCUCCUAUGUGGUACCCGUGUUUAUAGCUGAAAUUGCACCUAAGAAUUUACGAGGAGCCUUAACAGUUGCAAAUCAGCUCAUGAUUACUACUGGAGUCUCCGUGUCUUUCAUUAUAGGAACAAUGAUAUCAUGGAGAGCUUUAGCAUUAGCAGGAAUUGUACCAUGUGCAGUUCUGCUUUUGGGUCUUUUCUUCAUUCCAGAGUCUCCCAGAUGGCUGGCAAAGACAGGAAAUCAGAAACAAUUUGAAGUAGCUUUACAACGACUUCGUGGGAAACAUUUUGAUAUAUCUGAAGAGGCAGCUGAAAUUCAGGAUUAUAUUGAAACUCUUGAGAAGCUCCCGAAAGCUAAGCUGCUGGAUUUGUUUCAAAAAAGAUACAUACGCUCAGUCAUUAUAGGAGUAGGGUUGAUGGUUUUUCAGCAAUUUGGGGGAAUCAAUGGAAUCUGCUUCUAUGUCAGCAGUAUACUUGAAUCAGCAGGAUUUCCUGCAGAUGUUGGUACCAUAAUUUAUGCAUGUAUUCAGGUUGUUAUUACUGGACUAGGCGCAUUCAUUAUAGACAGAGCCGGAAGAAAACCCCUUUUACUGGCUUCAGCAUCAGGCUUGGUAUUAGGUUGUCUGAUAACAGGGCUGUCAUUCUACCUAAAGACUUAUGAAAUAGGACUCAAGGCAGCACCUGCACUGGCUGUAACAGGCAUAUUGGUUUACAUAGGAUCUUUCUCAAUAGGAAUGGGAUCUGUUCCAUGGGUUGUGAUGUCUGAAAUAUUUGAUAUUAAUAUCAAAGGAGCUGGUGGAAGCCUAGCAACACUAGUAAACUGGUUUGGUGCAUGGGCAGUUUCAUACACUUUCAAUUUUCUAAUAAGCUGGAGUUCUUAUGGAACAUACAUUCUUUACGCUGCUAUAAAUGCACUGGCCAUCGUAUUUGUGAUCAUGAUUGUACCAGAAACCAAAGGACGGACGUUAGAACAGAUUCAAAGUACCUUAAAUUCUUCAUAGUCAGAGAGGUUUUGGUUGGCUGCAACAAAAAGAACAUAUCCAGUUCAAGGCUUUCGAAUCUGCUGGAUCUUUUUAAGCUUUCGAAUCUGCAGGAUCUGGGAAGGUGUAAUGUAGGAACAUUUCCUUUAUAUUGUACUGUUCUCGGGAUUCUAUAGGAAGUAGGCACUUAAUCAUACCAUACCAGCCCUUAUUGUUCAUCUCCAAUUCUCCAUUAUUAUUCAUGUCUUUUCUAAUUUCAAGUAGAUGCAACAUGGUGUAAAUCCAUGAAAACUUGAGAAUUAUGUUUCUUACUGUCAAA